AUGUCUGAGUCGGAUGACAGCGAGGUUGCCCGCAACCAAGAGUCCUGGGAUGCGAUUGCUCACCUGGCCGAUAACCUCAAUCAGGACUGGCUUGAUCAGCACUACCUCGAUAUCGAUGAAUCCGCGUACAGUCAAGACUUGAACGAAGUCCUCGUUUCCACUGUAGGCGACCGCCAACGUCAGCCUCUGACAGAAUUCCGCUACUUUUGGAAACUUCCUAUCGAGCUGCGUCUCACCAUCUUCGGUUUAGCACUCCCUCGGCGAGUCCACUGCAUCAGAUCGCUGCGUGUCUACACGACCUACCCCACAGCUUUCCCCUCGGUCGGUAUACCGACGCUUGCCCGGGCAUACCAGGAGUGGUGGAAUGCCUCGAUACACCGAGGAUACGGGUAUCGUUUCGAGAACCAGCUUCGCGAGUCAGUGCGGUUGGAAUGGUUUGACCGCUACAACGACCUAAUUUAUAUACAAAGCCUCCGCGUCUUCAAUGCCUGGAAGGGAUGGUCAACGAUGUUGUGUAGUGCCACCACGGUCUUUAACGUCCUCGAGGUGGUUGAAGAUCGAUGGCGAGGCGCAGCGACUAGUGACAUCUUUACAAGUCUGAGCAGAACGAGUAUCUUCGACAGAUCCAAGACCUUUCUCCUGUCCAUGCUGACGGUUGAGUGCGGCGACGACCUCGCCAUAUACGGCGACAACACGACCGCUAUGGUGGACCUGGACGAUGAGAAUCUCCCACGCAUGCUCAAGUCAGUCUACGACAAUGUGAGGUCCUGCAAGCCGGCGAAUGUGCCGCAUAAGAGACCCUCGCUGUUGCUAAAGCACCUUCGGAAGGAAUGGGAUGCGGGUUUGAAGAGACUCUCGGAAGAGCAGUGGUUGCAAAGCCGCCUCGAUGUUACAGCCCCCAAGGACCCGACAAUGUACACCAAGGAGCGGUUCGGGUACAAGAAUCGUCGCUUCAUGCUGGAUCGGAACCAUAGCGCGGUUGAAAAGUUGGUGCGCGCCAUGCCAGAGAUGCGACCGGUCAUCGUGUUCGAGAAGAGAUGGCCCUGCUUCGACCUGACCAUGCUUCAAGACCAUGGCAGCGCAGCACAUCUGCGUGAACCCUCCGAGGCCAUUUGGGCCGAUGGCAGAAGCAUGGACGGGCUGGAGUCCAUCUCGAACAGGAGAGGCAUGGUACUAAGUUACGAGUUUCUUGUGGACCGCCAGACGCGCUAUGGUCCUUUGCCUGCGCCGCCUCCUGCCCAAAGUAGUAGUGGAUGA